UUUUGUGUCUCGGUUUUUUUUCUCUUUCUUUGAAAAAUUAUAUAUAUAUGGCAUAUUAUUUGUUGCUAUUCGCGGUGUAAUUGAAAAUUUAUGUCGCGUCAACAGUUUUUUUUUUGUUGCUGUUUUCGGGCAUCUACAUAUGUACUACUCCAAUAUAACUUAUGAGCUAUAUGAAUUUUGAUUUCCGUUUGGUUUCCAAUUCGUGUCAACGUCAACUACAACAACAACAACAACAUCUUCAAGAACAACAACAACAACAACAACAGCGACUUCAUUGUCAUCUUUAGCAAAACAUAAAUCUACAAAUCAAAUGUACGAUUUUGAACGAGUUUGUUAUUAAAAAUAUAUAUAAAUAUAUACUUAUAUAUUAUCAACUAUAACACGCACAACAGACCCAUGUUGGAUUAUAAUUUAUACCCUUAAAUUUUGGGGGCUACAAUGCGGCCAGAAAUAUACGAUGUUACUACAGUUCACGCUGCCCAAUGUCAGGAUUAUUUUUAUACCGAUGGUAAUGCUUGCUCUUGUAUUAACAACAUGCGCAAAGACGGACGAAUAUAUAUUAACAUUGAUGACCCACAACGAUCGUGCGCUGCACAUCAACGCGCACGGCAAAGUUACCGCAGAGGACAUCUCAUUGGCACAAUCCUUCAAAAUGGACAGUGUUGGCGAUGCACUGGAUCCAGAUUUCAAGAUCACAAUCUAUGCCAAGGAUGUGAAUUACUAUUUAUGCUUUCAUCAAGGACGACUUGUUGGAAAGAAAAACGCCACAAACGAUUGCCAUUUCAGAGAGUCAAUGGAUCGGGGUUAUUAUCAGUAUAGAAAUGCCUACAAUGAAGAGCUGCGUGUGGGCAUUAAACGUAACUUUAGACCAAUUGGGCCUAAGGAUAGAAAAAGGUUGCAUCGCCUGAAAAAUGCUUGCUUUUUCUUCUAUCGUGCCGAGGCCAAGGAUUUUCGUAGUAAAUUGUCAAGAACGAGAGCAACAUCAACUACUACUAGUACGUCAACAAGUACGACUACAACAACAACAACUACUACUACAACAACAACAACUACCAGUACAACAACAACAACCAGACCUACAACAAAUACAACAAAAAAAUUAGGCCCAGUGUCGGGCACAAGACGUGUGAGAGUUAAACAGCGUCGCCCUGCGUCGCCAACAACAAGUAUUAAUAGCGAUAGUUCUACUAGCAACCACAACACCAACAACAACAAAAACAACAAUAGCCCUAAGUCCUACAAUCAAGCCAACAACAACAACAACAAUAGCCUUGAUGAUGAACUGUUACAACAGGACAUCAUUAACAGGAAUCGCAAACGCUCACAACAUCGCCAACAGCAACAGUUGCAACAUCGCCAGCGUCAAAGAGAGCAGCAACAGCGCAUUGCCAAGAACAACAGCAACAACAAGAAUCACAAUAAUGUUGUUGCUGUUGGUGCCAUGCCACAACCUAAAAAUUUGGAGGUGCGUCACCAUCAUAACAAUGCCACAUGGAUGGAACGUCGUCGUCGUCGUCGCAUGCAAAGACGCCGUCAACAGCAAUUGGAACGCCAACAGUUAUUGGAGGAGAAUGAAUUCACAUCCUCGUCGUCGGCUUCCGUUGAACAUUUACCCACGGCCUCAUCGUCGGCAUCCUCAUCGUCGUCAUCUUCAUCGACAGCAACUUCCACGGCAUUGACGGCAACAGCAGCCUCAUUGGCGCCAUCGGCUCUCAAUUUGAUGGCCAUGUUGGCGGCAAGCCGUCGCAAACGUGGGCGUAGAAAACGUUCAGUUGCCGUUGCUGCCGCAACAGUGGCAACAAAAAAUGUUGCAGCAUCGUCUGCCGACAUGCAGUUGGUUGAGUCAACGACAGUAAAGCAGCAACAGCAGCAACAACAGCAGCAGCAGCAGCAGCAGCAGAAGCAGCAACAACAACAAAAUGAAUACUCAAACACCUAUGUUAAUAGUAACUUAAACCUAAAUGUUAAUAGUAAUAGCCAUAUUCUUAAUAUUGCAAUACCUGCCUUGCCAAAAAACUACAACUACUUGUACAGUAACGAGCAUAAUAAUUAUAAUAAUAAUAUGAAUACUAAAAGUAGCACGACUGAUUCUAGUAGUUUAGACACUAGCACUAAGUUCGAUAGUCCAAAUAGCCAUAGCCAUAGCCCUAGCCAUAGCCAUAGCCGGAGUGCGUUCAAUACAGAGAAUAUUGACAAUAAUCAUAAGCAAUUAAACGUUCGAAUUGAUAAGAAGAGCAUAAAUCCUGUAGACAUUUUAUCUACUACAGUCGAUUAUCAUUAUAAUAAUUAUAAUCAUAUUGAUGCUAAUACCCAACAAGAGGAAGAUGAGGAGGAAAAAGAAGAAUAUAUUGAUGAAGACAAAGAGAAAGGUGAGCACGAAGAAAAUAUUGUAAAGCAUUUACUUCGUAGCCAACAGCAACAACAGCAACAAGAACAACCUAAUCUUGAUAAUUUAAAUGCAAAUAUUAAUGUUGUUAACGAGAAUCAACAUCAUCAUAAUGAUGAUGAAGAAAAUUAUAAUUUGCUGCUGUCAAAUAAUAACCAUAAUAGUAAUUAUAACGAGCAAUUUGCGAAUGACGAUGAAACGAUACGAAUUGAAAAUAAUAAAUAUGAAACACAUAUAGUACAAUACAAACAUGUGGUAUUUAUUUCAACAAAAAAGGGAGGGACGAGUUUGGGGGAUUGGUUGUUUCUUUUGGCUUAA